AGCCUGCUCUGAACCGCCAUGCUUGCUCUGGAGGCUGCACAGCUGGACGGCCCACACUUAAGCUGUUUGUACCCAGAAGGUGUCUUCUAUGACCUGGACAGCUGCAAGCCCUUCAGUUACCCAGAUUCAGAUGGGGGCCUUGACUCGACAUGGGGCUGGACAGAGGCCCCGCCUGCUCCUGCCAUCGCUCCCUAUGAGGCCUUCGAUCCUGCUACGGCUGCCUUUGCCCACUCCCAGACCGUGCAGCUCUGUUAUAGCCAUGGUCCUACCCCCUCCACCUACAGCCCCAUGGGGACCCUCGACCCAGCCCCCAGCUUGGAGGCCCUGGGGCCUGGCCUCCAGGUAUUCCCCCCAGAGGACUUCACCAGCCAGACCCUGGGCUCCUUGGCUUAUGCUCCAUACCUCAGCCCUGUGCCAUCAGAGGAAGGCGACAUCCUACUGGACAGCCCCGCCCUGGAGGUCUCGGACAGUGAGUCAGACGAGGCCCUCUUGGCUGGCUCCGAGGGGAGGGGAUCUGAGGCAGGUGCACGCAAGAAGCUGCGCCUGUACCAGUUCUUGCUCGGGUUGCUCCUCCGCGGGGACAUGCGCGAGUGCGUGUGGUGGGUGGAGCCAGGUGCUGGCGUCUUCCAGUUCUCCUCCAAGCACAAGGAGUUGUUGGCUCGCCGCUGGGGCCAGCAGAAGGGCAACCGCAAGCGCAUGACGUAUCAGAAGCUGGCCCGAGCGCUGCGCAACUAUGCCAAGACAGGCGAAAUCCGCAAGGUCAAACGCAAGCUCACCUACCAGUUUGACAGCGCGCUGCUGCCAGCCGCCCGGCGUGCCUGAGCGCUCCGCUAAGGACCCCUUUCUGGCCCCUAAGUCCCAUGGAGCCCCAUAUGAGGGCAGUCAGGGUCCUCAGCUCUCCCUAGGCCUCCCCAGAGUUUCCUGUGCCCUGUAUGGGAUUCCAAUGCAGGGUGGUCGUGUUUGAGGGCGCACUGGCCAUUCUAUACGGUUUCAGAGCGGCAGGUUUCUCUGUGGGGACCCCUGGUGUCUACGGUUCCAGAAUCCGCAGAUCCUUCUUGCGAGUCCUGUGAGCUCACAUGCCAUCGCACCAGCAGGUGGCGCUGUCUACAGCCCCCAAACCCUUGUUUGUUGGCCAGAUAGGUCGGUCCCUCUGUCCUCCCCUGAAGCCCUUGUUAGAUCUGAGGUCUAGUUAUGUUUAGAGCUCUCUGAGAACCCUGUGCCACCUGUGUGUGACUUUUCUCUGCGUCCGUUUAUGACUUCUGUUUGUUUGAAACAGGGUCUCAUUAUGUAGCUCAGGCUGGCCCCCAACUUGUAACAAUCGUCCUGCCUCGGCCUCCUGAGUGUUGGGAUGACAAGGGUGCAUCAUCACACCAGGCCUUUUCCUUUUUUGAGAGAAGAUUUUACUGUGUAACCCGGGCUGGACUAUUCUCAAGCUAGUGGUGGUCCUCUUGCCUCGGGCAUCUCUUG